UUCCUGGUUGACUUUCCACGCGCCUGUGUGCUUUCCAGAGUUUGCACGCAACGCAGCUCAGGAGUAAUUUAUCUCAUGGCCAAGGACAAAUCGUUGAAAUCAAAACCUCAUAAGAGGAAGGAUCUGGGUCCAUCUGAUGACAGUACAGAAAUAAUGGACACUGAAGUAAAUACGAAGAGGAAAAAGAUGGAUGCAGAUCAGGAGGCUCCUGCUCACAUGUCUCAGCUAACAAACACAACAGAUGAUAAAAAACGGAAAAAGAACAAGAAGAGUAAAAAGCAACAAGUGAACCAAGCCGCAGAGCAAGCAGAGGUUCUUGAUCCACCCAGCUGUCCUGAGGGGACAGCUGAGGCAGAGGGGCUCGAGGACUUGAGUCCUGAGGAGAAGAGGGUCCUGGAGAGGAAGCUGAAGAAGAUUCGGAAAAAGGAGGAGAAGAAAAGGCUCAAAGCGGAGGGAGUGACUUUGGAGCAAACAAAACCAUCUGGACCCAGUGCACAACAGCAGGCCUUAGACUACCUCAAGUGCUGGGCUGAAAACCGUUCACAGUGGAAGUUCCAGAAGACGAGGCAGACGUGGUUACUGCAGCACCUCUUUGAUUCUGAAAAGAUUCCAGACGACACGUUUUCGGUGCUGCUUCAGUACCUGGAGGGGCUUCGUGGAAGUGGGAAGGACACAACCGUGCAGAAGGCCUUAUCCCUGGUGGAGGAAUCUGGAAAAGCACCAGAAGACACAGUCGUCCAGCAGAGGGCACACAGAGCCAGAGAAGUUAUCCAGCUAUUAUCCUGAGCCACAAAUAUUACAGAGAGACUCGCAAAAAGACUAAACUCUGUUCACAGGACUGAAGGAUUGGCCUGAUCUAAGGCUUGGGCUAAAGAGGUUUUAAAUGUAACGGUCCCUGUUUGUGUUGCCAGUAUUAUUCACCUUUUUUAAUAAUUAAAAGUGUUACUUUAUCACCUCUGUUUCUUUACAUUACUUGUGUGUGAUGUUGGUUGGUAGUUAUCAGUCAGGAAAGCCAUGUCAUACAAUAUGAAGGCAGAUUAAUGUUUUAUUCAAAUGUACAGAAGCUGUUUGUAAAUCCUUUUUUCAACUCUAGCAAGUAACUCAGAGGUUACUGUUCAACUUUGCCAGUAUGGGCAGAUCACUUCGGAGAGAUGUGAAUCCCUCAAAGUCAAACAGAUAGCUGGAAGACCUUUUGAGUAACAUCUCAGGAAUGUUUGUAGCUAAGACAUGUUUGUGCACGUCAAGGCCCAUAAUCAGUGAAGCCACUGAACUGAAUAACUUUUCUUUUGCACUCUCCUUGUAAUCACAGUAGCAAACACAUACCAGACUACUGGGUUAUGUUCUCUACAUACAUUUUAUAUUUGCUUAUCAUCUGGUUCUUGUGACUAACUCAGUAAGUGUGCGGGUGAUUAAUUUUACCCGCAUCUUUCACAGACUAUUAAUAUAGCCGUGUUGUGCGUAUCACAAUCGGGCAAAAGUGAAGUCGGAAAUGACCGGCUGUUACUUCUUUGAGUGCAGUAUGACAGGAACAUGUGUUUGAGUCUUAAUAUAGGACACAAACACAGAGGAAGGAAACAAAGUCAAUAUC